AAAAAUAUAAAACUUUUAAAGUUGUAAAUCGCUUUCUUUUUUGGCUUCAUAAUUAAAACUGUUUAAUCACGAAACCAACCAACAUAUAUCUGAAUCGAAAAGCUAAAAUCCAAUCAUUACUUUAAUCCCCACUCUACAAAUGAUUAAUCAUCCUCUCCCCUAGCUUUGAGAAAACCCAUACCCAAAAGAACGGUUCACUGGUGCAGGGUGCUUCCAUUUUUGUGUGGCUUGGAAAGUGAAAGAUUAAAGGGAAGAAAGGGAGUUUGGUUGAUUGGUUUGAUGUGGUAAAUCCCAUUUGAUCGAUUUGUUUGGGGAGGGAAAGCAAAAAAAGGAAAGAGAAGGGAUAUGGUGGGAUGAGGGAGUGGAGGAAGGAGGCAAAACGGAGAGGGAGAUGGCCAGAGAAGGCAGAGCCAAAUGGGGCGGUUUUGGUUCCGGUUUGGGUCAGUGCUCGUAUAAAAGAAUCACUCUGAUUGUUUGCUCUAUCAACAUUUUUAUUGCUCUCUAUGUUCUUUGUUCUCUCUAUUCUUCUCUCUACAUUUAUCCCAAUAAAGAUAAUGUUGUAAAGUAUACACCAGAUCAGAUUAGGAAAAUGGCAGAAUCAAUUAAGAUUCGAAGAGCAAGUGAACCCAUUGAGCUUGUUAAAUUGGUAAAGCGAUUAAAGCAUGAAUUUUGGAGUGAAGAAUCAGUGGCUGAACUGCCACAGGCAGUUAAACAUAAGAUAACUGAUGAAAUCCUGCAGAGAUUGAGAAGUUUGAGACCAAAUGCCAACAUCAGUGAGCAGCAAGAAUUGGUUGAAACUUGGCGCAAGGAGAAAAUAAAAGAAGCCAAAAGGUUGGCCCUUGGAGGAGAGGGGUUGAAUUCAACUCUUUUGAAAGAGGAAGCAGAGAUGUUAGUAAAAGUCUUGGAGUCCAACUGGGCUGUGCUGUCGGAAGACAUUGGCCUUUGGAUUCCCACCGAAAUCAGUAAUCAAGAACAUGAUGAUAAGCCGGAAGAUGUGGAAGAUACAGAAGAUGAGGAUCAAAUUCUAGCUGGGAGACGUCUUCCACCAGAAUGCCAUGCUGAACUUCAUACAGAUUAUGGUGGUGCGGCUGUUAGAUGGGGUCUUACGCAUCACAAAGAAAGUGCAGCUGAUUGCUGCCAGGCUUGCUUAGAUCACGCUAAAGUUGCAAAGCCAGGUGAAAAGAAAUGCAACAUAUGGGUUUAUUGUCCAUCUGAGACUGGUUGCUAUUCCCCAGAUAAAUAUGAACACAAACACAUGGAGUGCUGGCUGAAAUCUUCAGAGAAGCCGAGACUGAACUUUAAGGACAGAUAUUCUGAAGCAUAUAGAAACAGCCACCCAACUGCGCCUGUUAUUGUUCCUUGGGUAUCUGGUGUAGUUAUUGGAUGACCUAAUUUUGAUCAACAAAGACACGGUGGGCAGUCAAUUUGAGAUGCAGCUUACUCUAGUUUUAUGAUGCCCCAUUUACAAUUACAUCUGAUCAAGAAAAUUAGACCUUUUCUUAUUAUUAUACUUUAUAUAUAUAUAUAUAUAUAUAUAUAUAUAUUGUCUCCUUGAAACGUAGGGGAAACUGGACUUUUGACAACUAGUAAAAUUUUUUCUACCACGAAAGGUGUAUUGGCUGGUGUCGGCACUGAUGGAUUGUAAGAUGUGUAAGUCCCCAGUGCUGUGGCUGCUGAGGUGAGGUUUUAGUAAUAGACAUGGAAAGCUUUUCGUCUGUGAUGAAAAA